AAGAUAGUGCGACAAUUGUGUCUAUAUAAACCUGUUGCCAUUAACAUUACAUUUCAUCUUCUUUCUUACACAAGAUCUAUCGGUUUAUUUGAGCGAAAGAAUGUUUCGUAAACAGAUCUUGAUGAAGAAUGGCGUGGGGAAAGCUAACAUCUUGGCUCUUGGCAAAGCAUUUCCUCACCAGCUUGUCAUGCAGGAUUUGCUUGUUGAUGGGUAUUUUAAAGACACUAAUUGUGAUGAUCCAGAACUCAAGCGAAAGCUCACUCGCCUAUGCAAAACCACAACAGUGAAAACAAGGUAUGUGGUUAUGUCACAAGAGAUACUUAAUAAAUACCCUGAGUUAGCACUUGAAGGCCUGCCAACAGUAAAGCAAAGACUUGACAUAUGCAACAAGGCUGUUACACAAAUGGCCAUUGAAGCAUCAGAAUCCUGCAUCAAGAAAUGGGGCCGGCCCGUAUCCGAUAUCACACACUUAGUCUACGUUUCGUCUAGUGAAGCCCGACUCCCAGGGGGUGAUAUCUACUUAGCCAAAGGAAUUGGGCUAAGCCCAGACACUAACCGUGUCAUGCUUUACUUCUCGGGCUGCUCUGGUGGAGUAGCCGGGCUCCGUGUCGCAAAAGAUAUAGCUGAAAACAAUCCAGGAAGCCGAGUCUUGUUAGCAACCUCUGAAACCACUAUUAUCGGAUACAAACCGCCAAGUGUUAAACGGCCUUACGAUCUAGUUGGGGUGGCGCUUUUUGGAGAUGGUGCUGGUGCCAUGAUAAUCGGGUCGGAUCCCACUCGGUCUGAAAGACCAUUGUUUGAGUUGCAUACCGCGAUACAAAACUUCUUGCCCGACACUGAAAAGGUCAUUGAUGGGAGGCUAACUGAAGAAGGGAUUAGCUUCAAACUAGAUAGAGAGCUUCCUGAAAUCAUUGAGGACAAUGUAAAGGGGUUUUGUGACAAGUUAUUGGGCCAGUUUGGGCGUGAUGGUAUAGUUGAUAUUGACUACAAUGAUCUAUUUUGGGCCGUGCAUCCUGGUGGGCCUGCCAUAUUGAAUAGGAUAGAGAAAAAGUUCAACUUAGGACCCGAAAAACUGAGUGCAAGUAGGAGGGCCCUAGCAGAUUAUGGAAAUGCAAGUAGUAAUACAAUUGUGUAUGUGUUGGAGUAUUUGAUAGAAGAUAGUUUGAAGAAGAGAAAUGAAGGAAAAGACGGCGGGCCUGAUUUGGGCCUGAUUUUAGCUUUUGGGCCAGGGGUUACGUUUGAAGGAAUUCUUACUAGGAACUUAAUCGUGUAAUAACGUUGAGGUCAGUCUUUCUAAAAGGAUUUGAGUUGGAAUGAAUAAAAGAUAUAAAGUAUUGUCUUAAAGCCCAAUCAUAUUAACACUUCAAACAUCGCAUAGAGUCUAGAUCUUUUGUCUUAGUGUUAUUUAAAAUUACAAGUGUUAUAACUCGUGAA